UUGGUGACGUGCUUUACGUCAUAGAGUAAAGAUGGCGACUCACUGAAGCGCUCCAUGCUUUAUUGUUGAUAAAACAAUAUAUUGUUAUUUUACUGGAUAAACUCACACCGGGAUCGGAAAACAUGUCAAGGUUAAUAGUCAAGAAUCUCCCAAAUGGGAUGAAGGAUGAACGUUUCCGUAAGAUGUUUGCGGAUUUUGGGACGCUUACAGAUUGUACUUUGAAAUUCACCAAAGAUGGUAGAUUUCGCAAAUUUGGAUUUGUAGGCUUCAAGACAGAGGAGGAUGCAAAGAAAGCUAUGAAACAUUUCAACAAGAGCUUUGUGGACACUGCUAGAGUUACUGUGGAAUUCUGCACAGAUAUUGGAGACCCAAACAAAGCCAGACCUUGGAGCAAACACACACGUCAGCCAUCAUCUAACAGAGUUACAGAAGAACAAAAAUCAUGUGAACUAGCAGAAAAACAUGAAAAGAAGCAGAAGAAGCCUUUGAAUGUUCUUGGAGAUCUUGAAAAAGAGCAGAGCUUCCAGGAGUUCCUCGCUGUGCACCAGAAACGCACACAGGUGCCCACUUGGGCCAAUGACACUGCAGAAGUGACUUCUGUUGGAGUUGAAAAGAAGAAGAAGGAGGAGGAGAAGAAGAAGCAGAAGGCGGCUGUUAGGGAUGAUUACCUAAACUUUGACUCUGAUGAAUCGGAGGAAUUUAGUGAGGCUGAGGAUGAUGAAGAUGCUGGUGAAGAGGGCAAACAAGAGACAGAUAAGGAAGCAAUGAAGAAAGAUCUGUCUGAUAUGGAUUAUCUUCGCUCCAAAAUUGUGGAGAAAUCAGACAUGGUGGAUGAGAAAGAGAUGGAAGCAGAUGAGGAUGAAGAAGAAGAGGGUGACAGUGCUAAUGCUGCUGAUAAGAAUGAGGAGGAGGAAGAGGAAGAGGAAGAAGAAGAAGAAGAGGAAGAGUCCCCGGUCCAAAACACAGACAGUGCUUAUGAGAGUGGUGACAAGACAAGCAGCCAGAAAAACACAAAACCAGCAGCUCAGAACACGAUUGAGCCAAGCACAGAGUUCACAGUCAAGCUACGAGGUGCUCCAUUCAACGUCACAGAGCAACAAGUGAGAGAAUUUAUGGUACCUUUGAAACCUGUUGACAUCCGAUUUGGCAAAAACAACGAUGGGCGCAAAUCAGGUUAUGUGUAUGUGGACCUGCGCACAGAGGCAGAGGUCGAGAGGGCCCUGCGCUUUAACAAAGACUACAUGGGGAAGCGCUAUAUUGAAGUGUUCAGGGUCAACAACUUUAAAAAUGAUAGAGGGUCUGCAAAAAGAAGCGAGAGGGAAAGAAAUUUUGUUCACGAGCUGAGGGAUGACGAGGAAGAGGAAGACGUGGCAGAAUCGGGAAGACUUUUUGUCAGGAACCUGCCCUACACGUGCACUGAAGAAGAACUGAAAGAAGUCUUCAUUAAAUAUGGUCCUCUUUCUGAGGUGCUUUUCCCCAUAGACAGUCUGACUAAGAAGCCCAAGGGCUUUGCCUUUGUGACAUACAUGAUUCCAGAGAAUGCAGUCUCAGCCUUGGCUCAACUGGAUGGCCACGUAUACCAGGGACGGGUUCUGCACGUCAUGGCUUCAAGACUAAAGAAGGAAAAGCCCGAUCAAGGGCCCAACGCUCCAGGCAGCUCCUCAUAUAAGAGGCAGAAAGAUGCCAAAGACAAAGCCGCCAGUAGCAGUUCCCAUAACUGGAAUACACUGUUUUUGGGCACGAGUGCAGUAGCUGAUGCCAUCGCUCAGAAAUACAACACAACCAAGAGCCAAGUGUUAGAUCACGAGUCUGAUGGCAGUCUGGCUGUGAGGAUGGCCCUCGGAGAGACACAAAUCGUACAAGAGACCAGACAGUUUCUCCUGGGCAAUGGAGUGUCUCUGGACUCAUUCAGUCAGGCAUCAGGUCAGCGCAGUAACGCUGUGAUUUUGGUGAAGAACUUGCCCUCCGGAGUGCAGGUCGCAGAGCUGGAGACUCUGUUCUCGCCCCAUGGGUCUCUGGGAAGAGUUCUGCUGCCCCCAUCUGGCCUCACUGCUAUAGUGGAGUUCCUGGAGCCUACUGAAGCCAAACGGGCCUUCAUGAAACUUGCAUACACCAAGUUCCAGCAUGUUCCGUUGUAUCUGGAGUGGGCUCCUGUAGCGGUCUUUACAACUCCCUCAGCACCUAAACCAGAGCCUCAAACAAAAGAUGCAUCUGUUGAGAACAAUGACUUGGCCAAAAAGGAAGAAGAGAAGGAGGAGGAAGAGGAGGAGGAGGAUGAGGAGGAAGAGCAGGUUUUGCCCGGCUCGACUCUCUUCAUUAAAAACCUCAAUUUUAAAACAUCAGAGGAAACAUUGCGUGAGAUGUUUUCUAAAUGUGGUGUGGUGAAAAGCUGCACAAUAUCAAAGAAGAGAUCUCUCUCAGGUAAAUUAUCAUCGAUGGGUUAUGGCUUUGUGCAGUACAAAACUCCAGAGGCAGCACAGAAAGCCAUGAGACAGCUGCAGCACUGUAAAGUAGAUGAACACCAGCUUGAGCUGAAAAUAUCAGAAAGAGAACUCAAGUCAGGUGUGGCGCAAGCCAAGAGGAAAAAGCAAACCACCAGGAAACAGACGACCUCGAAGAUCCUGGUGCGAAACGUCCCCUUCCAGGCCACAGUCAAAGAACUGCGAGAACUCUUCUGUACGUUUGGAGAACUGAAGACAGUCCGCCUGCCAAAGAAAGGGAUCGGUGGAGCCCACCGUGGUUUUGGCUUCAUUGACUUCCUCACUAAACAGGAUGCCAAGAAAGCGUUCACAGCGCUGUGUCACAGUACCCAUCUUUACGGCAGGAGGCUGGUGUUGGAGUGGGCGGAUGCAGAGGAGACUGUGGACGACCUGCGUCGGAAAACCGCACAACACUUUCAUGAUGCUCCUAAGAAGCGGAGGAAGGCGGAGGUGUUAGAGGGAAUCUUGGAGCAGAUGGAGGUCGGGGAGGAAGACGGGGAGUGAAUAGCAGCCGUCAGUCACCUCCAGCAUCAAUAAGAAAGUAAAUCAUCCAGCGGAACUCCAUUUAUCUCUAUUAUGACUCCGUCUUAAACAGCUGCUUCACGGUCUCUUCAGGAAUUCUUCCUUUUGGCCCCAGAUGCUCCCAAUUAGCUUUUUAUUAUAUGCUCAUACAUCAUCUCUGUUAUUGCUGUCAAUGUAUUAAACACAGCGUCUCCCCGCAGACCAACUUUGGCUGAAGGUGAACUCGACGACGGAGUCCUUUUGAAAAGAUGCCCAAAUGCCACGUUUGCUUUAGCUGUUUUUAAUCGUCACGGAGGGCCGAGACCUUUCAUAUUCUGCUGCAACAUGGCUGACAUUGAAUAACGAUAGUGAUUGACCAAAAUAUCAACUGGAAAUGUUUCCUUCAACAUCAUUUUAUGACACAACAUAUCUAUUGUAGUCUGUUCCUGACUAAGAAUAAUGUAAAAUCAGUUUUUUUGCAGUCUUUUCCAGUGUGUCUUCUCAAUCUUGACACUGGUUAUUGUUGUAUUCAAGAAAUGACAACUGCUUUCAUAUUUUUGGGAUCAUACUGUAUUUAUUGAUGUGACAAAUAAUUUUGUCUGGAAAUGUUCCUAUCUUAGGGUAUUAAUUACACUAGAAACCUCACUUUGUAAAAUGUGCUGUUUGUACAGUCGAGGUCAAAACAGUCUUGGUCUACACAGAUGCCUUACACACCACAUAGUGGACAUUCUAGUGUACUGCAUCACAACUGCAUGACAUCAUGUGCUUUCAAAUCAGCCUGUAAUAUUAUCUGUUUUGAAACUUCUGAUUUGCUUGAUCAUUUGUUUUCUGUUUUGUUAAAGGGUUUGUUUAUCCAGAAAUGCAAAUUCUGUCUUCAUUUUCAUUUGUCCUUACCCUCAUCUCAUUCUAAACCCAUAUGGUUAAAGGCUGGAAUACACUACACAACGUGAGCAGAUUUUACACCACUAGGCAUCAUACACUUGCUAACUUUGUAAAUGGUUACAGAGAAAAUGUAUAUCUCCCAAUUGUGACCAUAUAACUUAAAACAUGGCUGCAACUCACUAUCAAAAUGCUUUGAGGUGGAAUUGAGUUUCCAAAAGUGUACAUUGUUUGUGCAUAUGGAAAUGAAAAUUUUAAAGUUUUAAAGCAACAGUUUGUCCAAAAUAAAACCUCUGUCAUUUAGCCUACUCAUUCUCACACUGUUCCAAACCAAAAAGAAAAAAAGCAACCUUCAAAAUAUCUUCUUUUUGUUCCACAGAAGAAAAAAUGUCAUACAGGUUUGGAACAACGGCCUUAAGCUCUAUUUCUCAUAGAAAGCUUCAAAAGAUUUGGAACAUAGCGUAACAGUAAUGUGGAUACCUUUUAAUGAGCUUUACUUGUCCUUAGUGAAGAUACACAAUAGUAAUAUAGGUUUGGAAUGAUAAGAGGGCGUGCAAAUGAUAAUUAUUGGAGGAACUGUUAUUAAGCAUCUUAUAACCACAUAUAAUGCACCCAAUCAAAA